AUGGAACUUUUGUUUAUAUUGUGUCUCGUUUCAUUUGGACUCGCUUAUGAUAAAGCCUCCUUUUAUGGUGCAAGUUAUAUUUCAUACCCACUUCAAGAAGCCAAGGGAGUUACAGACAUAAGUUUUAGGUUUCGUACACAUUUAUCAGAUGCUCUUCUAUUGCUUGCUGCAGGAAAAACUGAUUAUUGCAUGAUUCGAUUGGAAAGUGGAAAACUUAAAUUACAUAUAAAUCUUGGUGCUGGAGAAAGUGAACUCUCUUCAUCAAAAGGCACUUAUCUUAAUGACACACAAUGGCAUCAUGUCAGCAUCAUUAGAAGAGAAGCCAACCUGACUAUGAAGGUUGACGACAACGUCGUGAAGAAAAGGCUGCCGGGACGCUUCUUUGAACUAAACAUACAUUUUGGUAUUUUUCUCGGAGGACAGGGCGACUUUUCGGAACUCUUUCUCGGUCAUAUGGAAAAUUUUCGUGGGUGUAUGGAAGAUGUUUACUACAAUGGCGUUAAAAUCAUAGAAAAAGCUCGAAGCCGCACUGGCUCAGUACACGUUGAAGGGGUGACAUGGAAUUGCGCCCCCGAGUUCGACGCCGACAUUAAUUCUGAUAUAAGCUUCAUUGAUGAAGGAGCUUAUUUGGUUCUACCUAAAAUAAAUUCUAGAGCGGGUGGAAGAUGGCAAAUAGAAUUUAAAACAAUUACACCAAACGCAAUAGUCCUUUAUAAUCCUGGAGGCGGUCGCGGAUCUGAUUUCUUGGCUGUAGAGAUAUUGGAGGGAGUGGUGAGGGUGAAGAUGGCGAGAGGGCUGAUCGUGCACAGUGAGAGAGUGAACGAUGGACAAUGGCACAAAUUACAUUUACUUUUCAACCCGUCUUUGAUUGAGCUUUCUAUAGACAAUAUAGCCAUGAGCACACAGAUUGAGAGUGGCGGUACCAGAUACUUGGAUCUGUCAGAUUUGUUUUAUCUUGGAGGCAUAGAGAGUGACAAGAGGCAGAAAGCAUUCGCUAAGGGUAUUAAAGCAGCUGAUUCUAGCAUUAUGGGUUGCAUCAGACCGAUCGAGGUGGACGACAAGAUAUACGGGCUGCCCAACGCAGUAAUAUCGUACGGGGUGAGCCCCAGGUGCGUUUGGUGGUACCCCUGCCACGCGGGGCCCAGUCCUCCCUGCGUGCCACGAGCUACGUGUGAACAACAUGGAGUAGAUCACUUUACGUGUAAAUGUGAUACGGAUUUGUGCAUCAAUCCUGAUUACGCUGAGAAAUAUAAGGUUUUCUCAAAGUCCAGCAGUGAACUAGAGUUAGUGGCGUUGUAUCCAUUAACCGUGCAAGAAGGUGGAGUGGCAGUUAUAACUACGCAGAACAUUGAUGUUAUAUUAGACCAUCAUAAGUAUGGUGUGAGACCGUCAGGAGUACUACUACAUGUGGCCCAGUCGCCGCAGCACGGCCGAAUAGCCGUAGAUUUGACCUUACAACGUAAUCUACCCCAAUAUAAUUACGUCGAUGGGGAAAAGUCCAAACAAUUCUUCACACUCAUGGACUUAUCGAGAGACAAGGUCCGCUACGUACAUGACGGCUCAGAAAAUCACCAAGACGCUAUAGUCCUUGAAAUGGAAUUGAUACCAGAAACUAAGUUCACAUUGCCAAGCUAUUUACAAGGACGUAACACGUUCGUGCUUCAUGUCAACGUGACGCCGGUCAAUGAUCCGCCUGUACUCAAUCUACUGCCGGGCAAAGUGUUGAGACUCACUCAGGGUACGAGAAAAGUCAUUACUUCGGAUGUGUUAAAAGCUGAAGAUCCCGACACUCCUCCAGAAGAUCUUCUAUAUACUGUGUUGCAUGGGAAAAACGAAGCUAACAGUGGUCACAUAGAAAUGUCUGGACAACCCGUGGACUCCUUCACACAGCAAGAUAUCGACUCCGGCGUAAUAUCGUACGUGCAUGGGACCGGAGAUAAGCAACUGAACAAGACAUCUCUUCGGCUGACACUACAGGUAUCAGAUGGCAUAGAAACCAGUGGACCAGGUGUCUUGCGCAUUUCAAUAGUACCGCUACAGGUUCGUCUCGUGAACAAUACGGGGCUGUUCCUAGUACACAACUCAUACGCCGUCAUCACUGCUGAUAACCUCACAUUCACUACAAAUGCUGAUGAAACUAAUGUUCAUGUAAAAUACGACAUAGUGAAACCACCGCAAUUUGGCGUGGUGGAGCGUCUUAGAGUGCUUGACAGUACGUGGCAAACAGUCGAUUCGUUCACCAGUGAGAUGAUAAAUUUUGGCCGUGUGAGAUAUAUGCAUAUACUAGGCAAUCCCAUACAUGAUGAAUUUAAGUUUAAAGCAUCGGUGGGUAACGUUCGAACGAAUACAUUAUACGACUUUCGACUCACAUUUAUAAAACUCGAACUAUAUCAAUCGACAAACGAGGAAUUAGUGUUAAAUAAUACGAGAGAAGCCUUCAUAUCGUCACUACAUCUUAGAUUCAAAACGAGACCGAUUACUUUGCCGGGCGACAGAAUCCUAUUUACUAUUCUAAAACCACCGAAGUAUGGCAUAUUACACCUAUCGUCAGGGAAGCAUCACUUGCAAAUGCACAGUACAUUUACUCAACAGGAUAUAGAUGCGGAUCUUUUAUGGUACCGGCUACAUAGACGAGCCUAUUCCCAUAUACAAGACGAAUUCACAUUCGUCGUAGGGGCUACGGAAUGUGAAAAUAUUACCGGAGUCAUGACAAUUAGACAUGUACCCGGCACUUCUAUUGCAGACCACUCCACCGGUAGAGUGCACACGACUUUAGAAAGGUUACAGGUAUUAGAAGGUUCCAGAAUGACCAUACCGACAACACAUCUCAACUUCCGCACAGAUGUGGUCACUAAUUUAGUAUUCAAUAUAACACAUUUACCAAAACACGGUAAGAUCGAAGUUAUAACUGACAACUUGAAGAUACUAAGAGAUAAUACCACGUAUUUCACAUUACAAGAGCUAAAUUCUGAUAGAGUGUACUACUCUCACGAUGAUUCCGAGAGUAGACACGAUUCGUUUCAUUUUAUGGCGCUCAGUCCUGAACCAGAAGACUUUCAAUAUGUUGGUGUGUUCCAUAUAGAUAUUAUAUUGAAGAACGACAAUAGUCCAGUGCGGGCUAAUGAGAAAGUAUUCCACAUAGUUCACGGGGGAGCCAGGCUUAUAACGACUAGAGACCUAAGUUACACUGACGCAGACUUGGAUACGAAACCGUCAGAUAUUAUAUACACUGUCCAAAGGUUUACCAAAGAUCCGCCAAAUGGAGGCAUAUUUCGUGCGGAUAAUCCGUCGGAACAAAUAUAUCAGUUCACUCAAGACGAUAUUAAUAAGAAUCUCGUACUAUUCAAACACCAAGGAAAAGAGUAUGGGAAAAUGUCCUUCUGGAUUUCAGACGGGUUGUUCGAUGUCAAUGGCAAUUUGGAAAUACAAGCGUCACCGCCAUUCAUAAGGAUGUACCCGACAAAUGGGUCCAUAGUAGAAAAUGGAAAGGCUGUUGUUAUUACCACUAGAGAUAUGCAAGUGGACACAAACAUGAACUGCCUAGAAGAAGAUAUCCGUUACGAAGUGACGCAGGAACCGAAACACGGUUCUAUAGAAGUUGGCGAGGGUCAGGGGGUGAUCAGUUUCACUCAACUGGAUAUAGCUGCGGCUAGAGUUGCGUACAGACAUCGGGAACCGAAAACACCCACUGAUAUGUUUCGAUUUAAAGUGAUGUGCUUAGAGGCGUGGGGUGAAGGUGUUUUUCCUAUUAAAAUAUUCCCAUCCAGUUACUGGGAACCCCUGAAAGUAACAACCAACAAAGUACUUAUAGUUGAAGAGUCCACAAGCGUCAAUAUAACCAAAGAUAUAUUAGAAGUUAUGCAUCCUCAAAUUGAGCCUUCUAAUAUAGUAUACCAAGUAACAGAAGGACCAUACCAUGGCUGGCUGGAAAUCUCCUCUACUCCAGGUACAAUAGAGAUGGAGAACUACAACGAUGAACCAAUACAUACAAAUGUAUUUGACCAAUCAAUUAUAAACGCGAAUCGAUUAGUUUACGUGCAGUCUGGCGUUAAUAGAACUAGAGAUAGGAUCAAAAUGGACGUCACCAACGGCAUAGUUUGGUUAAGAGGUGCGGAACUAACAAUCAUAAUAAUACCAGAACAUUUUUACGUCUCUGCAUCAAACUUAACAGUGGUUGAAGGAGAAUCAGCGAGUGUUAAACAAGAUGUCUUUAAAAUUGUCACGGACUAUUAUAGGGGUAAAGUCAUAUCGUACAAGGUGAUACAGAAACCAAAAUAUGGCAAAAUAAUGAUGGCCGAUCAAGAAUUGUCGUUGCUACCUGUAUUGAAAUUAAAUUCGGGUAAUAUAUUGUACGUGAAUGACGGAUCAGAAGAAUCAUCAGACUCGAUAAAGUUAGUAGCGAUUACUGAAGGAGGUAAAGAAAGCGAGCCUUUCUUUGUACGAAUAAAUAUAAUGCCAGUGAAUGACGAACCUCCAAUAGUGGCUGCCAAUACUGGUCUCUGUGUGUGGGAGGGAGGGACUUUCACUUUUACAAGGAACGAACUAUACGUCAAUGAUAUUGAUACUCCGCUCAAAAAUGUUACAAUCAGAGUGGUUGAUAUCGUAUCUGGUUAUAUUGCUAUGAAGGGCGAUCUAGAGAAUCCCGUGGACCAUUUUACACAAGCCGAUAUUGAUAAUCGACAAGUUAUUUUUGUCCAUAAAAACGGCUCAAAAGGCAAGAUGAUCUUCAACGUCACGGAUGGACUUCAUGAGCUUUCCAAAAUAACAUUCCUUAUAACAACAAAAUCUGUGUCACUAAAAUUAAUUAGGAAACAGACGUUGCGCGUUUUUCCUUUGAUGAGAGAACCUCUAAACAAUUAUCUGUUAAUGUCCAAAUGCUCUGACCCCUCUAGGAAUAUCAUUUAUAAAGUCGAUAGAGCGCCCGCGCUUGGGCGACUUGUGAUGUUGAGCGGCGAGAAUCAACAUAGAUCUAUAAAACUGUUUACGCAACAAGAUGUCAAUAACACUGUGAUCUACUACGAACACACGCAUCCCUUCUCCGAUCUUUAUACGAACGAUUCCUUCAUAUUCACGGUAGAAGCAGCGUUAGCUAAACCAAUAGCCGAUCAAAUUUUCAAUAUAGACGUAUCAGUGUCGUCCGGAGGACUGGCCAAGUACGUCUACAUCCCCCAAACGAAUGUUCAAGAAGGAGAUAAGGUUCCUAUACGAGUGAAUGUGACUAAUGUUAUAACGUAUUUAGAAACUCAAGCUGGGGUUAGACAACCGCAAAUAGAAGCGCAGUGGUCGCAACCGACUCAUGGAAAACUUACACCAUACUUAUCUUCCCUCACACAAGCCCAACUGGAAAGCGGAGUAGUGACGUACGAACAUGACGACUCAGAUACUGUACAGGAUAAAAUAGAUAUGGCCUUAUAUCUUUUACCAGAUUAUGUACUUCUGUGCAACGUAACUAUUCCCAUACAUGUUAUCCCGGUGAACGAUCAGCCAUUUAGGUUGCUCACAGACUCCCCACAAAUACAAGUGGUUCAAGGAGAGAAUUCUACAUUAACUAAGAACGAUUUGUUGACAGAAGAUGCGGAUACGGGGCCUUCUGGUAUACUGUACGAUAUUAUAAGUGGGCCAACUCAAGGCAGGCUAGUGAUGUUCGAUAAAAACCGUACAAUGGACGAAGCGCAGUCAAUAAACAAGUUCACGCAAGAGGACAUAAAUAAUGGAAGAAUUGUUUACGAACAUUCUGGAUUGUUACAAACAGCUACUUUUUACUUUAGAGUGUGGGAUGGACAAUUUAAACCAACUUAUACGGUUUUCACGAUAGACGUCAUUCCUGUUAUAUUAAACGCGACGUCUCUACACCCGAUAUAUCUACAACAAGGCUCAAAUGUAGCGUCAGUGACAACAGACCAGAUUUAUGUAGAAACAAACGCGAAGAAAUCCAAAGUCUGGUAUAAUAUUACAAAGCAGCCCGCACACGGUAUGGUUUAUUUGGGACGCAAUCCAGUUACUUAUUUUUCGCAUAAGGAUUUGAUGGAUAAAGUGGUUAUUUAUAUGCAAAAUGAUAUGACAGUCGCAAACGACAGCUUCGACCUGGUAGCUUACGUGCACAAUAGCAAUACAACGCUGCCAUUUAGAAUAGACGUUAUAGUACAACCGUUGAUGUCUUUAGGCAAUUUGAAGGUAGAUGGCGACAAGGCAAAACUUACCCUUAGCAACUUAGAUGCGACCGAAUUAGCAAAACUGACAGCUAGCGAUCCUGUAUAUACGUUAAUAAGGAAACCUAAAUAUGGAACGAUCAAGAAAAUUAUUCGAAGCUCUGGAGAGAAAACUAGUGCAAGAGAAAGGGAGGUGGCGUAUUUCACACACGAGGAUGUAAAAGCUGGUGUAAUAUACUUUGUGACAAAAAAGAAAAUAAAUGACCUCAAUGGUUUAGAGGACAGUUUUAAGUUUUUGUUGGCUGCGACAAUAUUCCAACCAGCAUCUGGUGAUUUGAAGAUAUUGAUUGGGAGUCGUCAAAAGAAAAAUUUACCCGGACCAAAUGAUCCUGAAAGCCAUGAAGGUGUACCAGUUGCAAAUGGCGAAUCAUCCUCCUACUACAUGAUGAUACUGAUGGCUUUACUUGGAGUGGUAUUAGCAAUUAUAGUAAUAUUUGGGCUAUUGAAAUGUCGUCGUUACCUCAUGAGAGAUCAAAACGCAUUGGUCAAGAUCCACGGCCAGAGUCAGGGGGCAGUUGCUCCUAUACCAUUACCUAGGCCCCCAGACCACUUGAUGCCUUCACCGUCUCAAGCCACGCCUCCUAUUAAAAGAUACGUGUCAUCAGAGCAGUCAGUACAUACGGGGGCGAGUACGCCCUUGCCCUCGGGGGGCAGUGUGGCGUGCAAGGUGACCCCUCUAGCUGAUUCGGGCUUGCCAGAUCUCAAUGCCAGGUACCCAUAUGGCGCUGAGGAUCAUACUGAUACGCAACCAGUACUGGGUCUGACCCGCGGACACCUACACGCUGCCGAGGACGCCCAGGCAAUCAACUUUCACAAGUCAUCACAACUGCGUGACGCUGGGCCGCCGGCCGCAGAGGCGCGGCAUCGAAUUGGUGCCGACGCCCUUCCUGCU